AAGAAAGAAAGAAAUGCAUCAUCUCCCGACUCCACCCAGAGUCACUGAGUUACUGAUUUAGAAACUGCAGGUUGAGGGUGGCAGGCAUCUGGGUUUUAGCAAGGCCUCCAGGUUCUGAUCCCCACUGAGGCAGACCCUCCAGACUACAGCUGGCUCAGUUGAUUUGGUGAAAUCUCCUUCCCUUCACUCCAAGGGGAGCUGUAGUAUGUAGGGGUUCUGCUUUGCCACGGUGCCAUCUUGAGUUUGGACCUCAGCUCUGCUCCUUGCCAGCUGUAUCUUUGGGCCUGCCCUUCGGAUGAAAAGAGAAAGGAAGGAUGGACUACAAUCACCAAACGUCCCUCGUCCCCUGUGGACAAGAUAAAUACAUUUCCAAGAAUGAACUUCUCCUGCAUCUGAAGACCUACAACCUGUACUACGAAGGCCAGAACUUGCAGCUGCGACACAGAGAGGAAGAAGAUGAGUUCAUUGUGGAGGGGCUGCUGAAUAUCUCCUGGGGGCUACGCCGGCCCAUCCGCCUGCAGAUGCAGGACGACAAUGAACGCAUCCGCCCCCCUCCGUCCUCUUCCUCCUGGCACUCGGGCUGCAACUUGGGGGCACAAGGCACCAUUAUGAAGCCCCUCACCAUGCCUAACAUUCAGAUCUCAGAGGUGGAUGCGUCUCCUGAGAGUGAACAGAUGCCAAGCCCCACAGACUCCAGGGGCCUGAAGCCUGUGCAGGAGGACACCCCACAGUUGAUGCGCACACGCAGUGAUGUUGGGGUACGUCGCCGUGGCAAUGUGAGAACCCCCAGUGACCAGCGGCGAAUCAGACGCCACCGCUUCUCCAUCAAUGGCCAUUUCUACAACCACAAGACCUCGGUGUUCACACCUGCCUAUGGCUCCGUCACUAACGUCCGCAUCAACAGCACCAUGACCACCCCACAGGUCCUGAAGCUGCUGCUCAACAAGUUUAAGAUAGAGAAUUCAGCGGAGGAGUUUGCUUUGUACGUGGUCCACACCAGUGGUGAGAAGCAGAAGCUGAAGACCACUGAUUACCCACUGAUUGCCCGAAUCCUCCAGGGCCCAUGUGAGCAGGUCUCCAAAGUGUUCCUGAUGGAGAAGGACCAGGUGGAGGAAGUCACCUAUGAUGUGGCCCAGUACAUAAAGUUUGAGAUGCCUGUCCUUAAAAGCUUCAUUCAGAAGCUCCAAGAGGAAGAAGAUCGUGAAGUAAAGAAGCUGAUGCGCAAGUACACCGUGCUCCGGCUAAUGAUUCGGCAAAGGCUGGAGGAGAUAGCCGAGACCCCAGCAACGAUCUGAACCAUGAGAACAAGGGGAUCCAGACACCCCAGGGGUUGCCGUUGACUUGAAACGAUCCACAGGAAGCUGGGUUCUUUCCUUCCAUGGAAAUGUUGCAAUGCAGAUCUUUGCAGUGCCUGACCAGCCAUUAUUUGCUCCCUGGAGCAGGAUGAAGAAGUCAGAGGACAAGUCCCCAUCCCUGGAUCCCUGCUCUCUUCUCUUUCACUCACAAGACUUCUGUUCUAAGGAGGACCCAAAGUGUGUGUGUGCGCACACAUAGGAUACAUGUCCAUGGGUCUCCCUGAUAUUUUCACAUGCAAUUAAAUUCCAAGCCACCAGCACAAGUGCCAUGAGGCUGGCAGAUGAGCUGUUGAUGGGCAGGAAAGUCAGGGGAGUCCCUAUCCCAAGGGCUUUCAGCUAAAGAAGUGAUUUCUCCCCUCUGGUGCCAGGGGGAAGCCACUCAUAUCUGCCUGUCUCUGACAGAGGAAGAGUCCCUCGAGCUCACCAUUUGGGGGGUUUAUAUGUUAGUAGAGAUUCUCCGUGUUUGCCUAGAAGGAUCUGUGGAAGAGAUCCUUGGAAAUUAAUAAAACAACAGCUUCAUACCUUUGGGGCAAGUCUGAUGGAAAGAAAAAGAUAAACCUUCACAUGGGGUA